AUGGCCGCCGAUACCCCCCUUCCAACAAUCGAAGGCGACCCGAUGGAAGGAGUCGAACAAGCUCGGAUCAUGGGCCCAACCCUCCUUGACGUGGUUAAGGACUGCGACAACUUCCCCUACCCCUGCCACCCAGGCCGCCCUCACCUCCAAACCGAGUCGUCCCACUCCCACUCCAGCCCUGUCUCGAGCGCGGCCACCGUCUGCUGCUCCCGCGACACCAGCCUCGCCCUCGGCUCCGGCUCCACCUCCGGCAGCCCAUCGUCACCACCAGGUCCAGCCCCCUCAACCUCAGGCGCUGACAAAACGGCCGCUGUGGACCUAUACUGGGACCAAUGGAUGCCCGAAGCCGACUGUCCAGACCCCUACUCCCACUUCCUUAACAACCUUUGGACCUUUCACCUCCCCCAUGAUCCCUGCGCCCACGGUCUGAUUUCGAGCCAGAUCGUCGACCACCUGCGCGACCACGACCUUUGGACUGAGCACUUUUCUCUGGACCGCGACUCUAAAUCUAUCCACCUGCUCGCUCCCUCUGCCCAAGACUUGUUGCCCCAGGACAACGGCGACUGGCAGACAGCUUGCUCGCGCAUCCUAGACGAGCAGAUUGAGCUUUGGCGACGGACAAGUAUGCUAGGAAGGGAAAUCCUGGGACCCAAGAAGAAGGGCGAACAAUUCCCCAUAGUUGGAGCCAAGUUCGAUGUCGGCGUGGAUCGCUCGGCGAUUGGAUUGCUGGGUAUGAUAGGGCGGGGUGCGCACAUGACUGUUUACUCUCGCCGCUCCCGCUCCAGCUCCAGCUCCUCUGAUACAAAUGGACAUGGACAUGGACAACAGCCAGAGGAUGAAUACUUGUUCUGGAUCCCCCGCCGCUCCCGCAACAAGUCAACCUACCCCGGCAAACUGGACCAAGCAGUUGCAGGCGGCGUGGCGCGCGGCGAAUCGCCAUGGAAAUGUAUAAUUCGGGAAGCGGUCGAGGAGGCCGGGUCGGCUUUAUCCGACGGCUUUGUGCGCAGAAACGCCAAAGCAGCAGGGACAGUGACCUGGCUCAACUUCUCCGACGAGCGCGCCGGGCCGGGACAGAAAGGACUCAUCAACCCGGGUGUGCUGUACGUCUAUGACUUGGAACUACCCGAUGAAGGGAGAGGUUUCGAGUUUGAGGCGGUGCCCGGGGAUAUUGAGGGUUGGAGCAUCAUGACCACGAACCAGGUCAUGGACGCUAUGAAGAGGUUUGAGUUUAAGCCGAGUUGUGCGGUGGUGAUGAUUGAUUUCUUUGUGAGACAUGGGGUGAUUACGGCGGAGAAUGAGCCGGAUUAUGUCCAGAUUAGUCUUCCAUACUUGCCGAGCACCCUGAGGGAUGCCGGCAUUGCUGCUGCCGGUGACUGA